GUUUGCCUUGCUCAUGUGCAUUGCCAUUCCGCAAUGCUCAAACAAAUGCCCUCCUUCGUCGCGUCGCUCGCCCAUUCACGUUUUCCUCGUCUCGCCGCUGCGAUCUUGACUCUGCUUUAAGAAAUCUCCCGCGGCCAGCGGCGCUUCAAGCUUCUCGCGCUGAUUUCAUCGUCCAAUCCAAGCAGGGGGCCGAGAAGCACGAAGACGAGGAAGAAGGAGGGUACUUCUUCAUCUAGCGCAGCUUGGCUUCGAUUCGGCGACGGCCACCAUGGCCUCCAGCUCGAUCAAGCAGCAGGAAGGCAGCAGCCGGGCAAAUGGGAGCGAGAUGGGAGCGAUGAGCACCAGGAGCCUGGGAGGAUUGAGCCCGCUCAGCGUCCAUCUAUGGAAGGACAAGGCCGGGCCGGACAUGGAGGACAUCUCGGCUCGACUUACGUGGAAGGACUUAGCGGUGACGGCCACGGCGCGCGGUGAGACCAAGCGUUUGCUGGAGCCCAUGACGGGUUACUCGGAGCCGGGAUACAUCACCGCGAUCAUGGGGCCGUCUGGAUCCGGCAAAUCGACGCUGCUGGAUGCUCUCGCCGGGAGGCUGGCGAAGAACACCACUCAGACGGGUCAGAUCUUGCUCAAUGGACGGAAGAAGCAGCUCUCCUACGGCAUUGUGGCCUAUGUGACUCAAGAGGAUACUUUGAUUGGAACGCUGACAGUGCGCGAGACGAUAACGUACUCGGCCAACUUGCGGCUCCCGGAUGCGCUAAACAAGGCCGAGAGGCUGGCCAUUGUGGAGUGCACGAUUGUGGAGAUGGGGUUGCAGGACUGCGCUGAUACUCCGGUGGGGAACUGGCAUAUGAGAGGAUUGAGCGGUGGCGAGAAGCGGCGGCUUAGCAUUGGACUGGAGAUUCUCACAAGGCCGAGGCUCUUGUUCUUGGACGAACCAACGAGUGGUCUCGACAGUGCCUCGGCGUUUUUCGUGAUGCAAACGCUACGGAACCUCGCGAGAGACGGGCGUACGGUCGUGGCUUCCAUUCAUCAGCCGAGCAGCCAAGUUUUCGAGCUCUUUGACAACUUGGUCCUUCUUUCGCAUGGAAAGACUAUCUAUUUCGGUGAAGCUGCUCUUGCUCAAGAGUUCUUUGCUUCUGCUGGAUUUCCAUGCCCUCCACACCGGAACCCGUCAGAUCACUACCUCCGAGCGAUAAAUUCCGACUUUGACAGAGUCAAGGCGACACUCAAAGGCUCCUUCAAGUUUAGAGACUUUGAGUCGGGCGAUCCUCUGGAUCACGUCUCCACGAGUCAGAUCAUUAAAGUUCUCACAGAGCACUACCAAUCGUCUGCGCAGGCAAUGCAGACAGCUGCCAAAGUUCACGAGAUCAAUCAGACCAAAGGUGCUGUUCUCGAGUCCGAGGGCAGUCAGGCAAGCUUUUACAUGCAAGCCUUGACACUCACACGAAGAUCUUUCGUGAAUAUGUCGAGAGAUAUCGGCUAUUACUGGCUCCGUGUGGCAAUCUACAUCAUGCUCAGCAUCGGAAUUGGAACUUUGUAUUAUAGAAUUGGCACCGGCUACAACGCGAUCCUGGGAAGAGCAGCAUGCAUGUCCUACGUUGGUGGCUUCCUCGUUUUCAUGUCGAUUGGAGGCUUUCCAUCGUUUGUGGAAGACAUGAAAGUUUUCAGCAGGGAGAGAUUGAAUGGACACUACGGCGUGGUUGCCUUCGUGAUUGGCAACACGCUCUCGUCACUUCCAUUCUUGUUUCUCAUCUCUCUCAUCUCGGAGCUCAUCGUCUACAACAUGGUCCAGCUCCAUCCUGGGAUCACACAUCAAAUCUACUUCGUUCUCAAUCUCUUUGCGUGCGUUGCUGCUGUGGAGAGCUUGAUGAUGGCUGUCGCCAGCCUCGUUCCAAAUUUUCUCAUGGGGAUCAUCACUGGAGCCGGAAUCCAGGGCAUUUUCCUGCUUGUCGCUGGCUUCUUCAGACUUCCAAACGAUCUUCCAAAAGCUUAUUGGAAGUAUCCAAUGUCGUACAUUGGCUUUCACAUGUACGCUCUACAGGGAACUUACGAGAACGAUUUCCUUGGCUUGGAAUUCGACAACAAGUUUCCAGGACUUCCAAAGAUCCCGGGCAAGUUCAUCCUCACGGACGUGUACCAGAUCACAGUGGCGAGAUCAAAGUGGUGGAACUUGGGAGUGAUCUUUCUCAUGAUCAUCGUCUACCGGGUCAUCUUUUUCAUCACGAUCAAGUACGUAGAGAACGUCCAGCCGUGGGUCAGUGCGAUGAUGGCCAAGCACAGUGCCAAGCUGCGACGCAAGAAGAAAUCAACAACACUUCCCAGCACCGUCAGGCCAGUUCUUCAGUCUCCAUCACCCGGCCAUCCCAACUUGACAAGGAAAUAGAAAAGGGAUCGACAAAUGUUCCAUGUACAAUGCAAGAAAUCACAAAGAACAAGCUUGCGGCUCUAUCUGUUCAGCCUGUAAAAGCUACAGAACUGAACGCUGUAUGACUAAGAUGAUUUUGGUGUCAAUCGUUACUUCCAGAAUAAUCUCUAUUU